AUGAACACCAGUGGGAGAUCUCAUUCCAAAGGCCCGAUUAUAAGGUCAGUGUCUUUGGAGGAUCUAAAGAGGAACUCUAGUUUUAAAAACAGCCUAAAGUACAAAGAUGAUAUGGCUUCACAUAAGGAACCACUAGUUGGCACAUUAAGCAAUGAGGAAUUGCUAAAAGAUCUAGAUAACAUGUUGCGUAGCAAACUGAACAUGGGAAAAAGCAGCUUUCAUGCCGAUAAAAGAAAUAAAUCAGAUGGUAAUAUCAGUGCCUUAAAUUUUAAGGCUAGAUCGGGCCUUGAAGGAGAUAUUCGUACUAUAGAUGUACAGCAAGAUGAUAAUGAUGAUAAUGACAAUGGUACAGAUAAUUUCAAGUUGAACGAUAAUGGCGCUAACAUGGAUGGAAAUAGUAAGAAAGAUAGCAAUACUGACAACGCCAUUGAAUUUCAAGAUGAUGCUGAAGAAGCCGAAGAAGAGAAUGAAGACGAGUCAUUUGCUAAUGUAGAUGAAUUGGAUGGCUUUGAUUUGAACAACUCUUCAGAUGGUAAACAUGCACCCGUCAAUGAAAAGGGUGAGGUUGAUUAUAAUAUGCCGGUAGAUGAAGAAUUUCAAAAAUCACUUGACCAGUGCGCAGCUUCACUUGAAGAAAGAACAAAUGCGCCUUAUGCGUUGCAAAGAGCAAUAGACUGGGAAUUGAGGAUGUUUUAUUCUUUGGAGGAGGAACUUUCAGAAUGGUUUUGUAGUUCCGAUUAUAUACAUUUUGCGCAAACACAGACACAGUUUAAACAGAAAGUCAAGGAUCCGCAACUUUUUUUGGAUGAUGAAAGCCAUGCUGCGAGUGUAAUUGAACAUUUAAUUGAGGAUAUCCCCAAUUCUCUAGAAUCGAGUUUACUCGCGUUGACGUAUAUAUCUGUGGGAUGUUUUGCUUAUAUAGGUAACAAAAGUGAACAUUCAAAGAUUAUACGACGCAAUAACUAUAUUAUGGCUCCUUAUGUUCAAGAAAUUGUUCACGUUUUUAAAAAAAUAGCUCUAAGCUGUAGGGAUGAUAAUAAAAAUUUAAAAAAGCAAACAAUCUUGCUAUUUCACUCGUCAACAAUCCUGUACUUCAUAUCCAGCAUUUGUAUUGAAGGUAGAGAAAAAAAUUCAGAGUCGAUUGAUAUUGUUAUUGACGUUUUUGACAAAACAGAUUUGUUGGAAUUUUUAACGAAGUAUAUUGAGAGUUGGAGAUGGAAUAGCAGAUUAGCUAUGCGUAUAAGAAACAUGAUAUUGUUGCUUUUCAAGCUUAUUGUAUUACAGUUUGGUGACAAUUCUGUAUACAAAAAAACAAAAUCAUCAAUUUAUAAACUUCAUGGACUGACAUAUCCAUCUAACCAUCCAGAAAAACUAUCCAUUUCUCCGUUACAUUAUCAAGCAUUUAGAGAGGACAUAACUUCGCGUUUUCCUGAUUAUAAUAUGCCAGCUUCUGGCCUACCAAAAGAUGUUGACAAGUCGGAAUCUCUCUCCCAGUUUCUAGAAAUUCCUCGCCCAAAAUCAAAGAAUCCUCUAAACAUGACACUUAAUGUUCCUGAGAAACAUAUUGCAACACCGGCACCUUCACCACCGAGCUCUCCUCGGUUAGUGCAUAUAAGUGAAGGUCCUAGGCCCAGAAAAUCUUUCCAGACGAACAUGGCGUAUCCAUGUUUAUAUCCAUCUGAUAGCGAAGGGCCUGGAGAUGACGCUCUGCAAGAUAGAAUAGAUUCCUAUCUGGACAAAAAUUUUGAUAAUGAUAUAGUAAUUCCUUUUAGUACCGAAGAAGCGGCCAGAAUAUUGAGUGAGAGUUUGGAGAUCAAGCUGAGUACGAAACAACUCUGGUAUGAAAGAGACUUGUUUAUGGUAACAGAGCGUGGUUGGAAACAGCAGUUAGAAGGGCAGCCAUAUGAUUAUUCGACUUUCAACCAUGAUAGCGGCCUUUCUAAAAAAGACAGAGAUGCGAUUUGCAUUAUGCAACGAAUCGAUAAAUAUUAUAAAAACUGUCUUUCAAGCUUCAAUUCGCUUGUUUUUGUUUUGCUACAAACAAUGGAAUCAAGCUUGACAAAUAACUUCCAUAGGAAAAAUGAAGUUACCGAUAAAAACCUUCUCAAUAUGUUAGUGCCCCAAUUGGAGAUUGUGAGAGCUAAAGAAUUGUCCCUUAAGUCAGCAGCAGGGAUAUUACAUGCAUUAUUAAAGUGGUUUAAGUUAAGUCAUAUUUUGAAGUUUGAGCAUUUAGCAGUAGUUAUUCACGAUUCACGAUACAUCAACACAUGCGCCUCUAUUUUAAGCAAAUAUUCUGAAAUCUAUUCUGAAAGAGUCUUUGAUAAAUACGUACAAACCCCGAACUCAUUUUGGAAAGAGUGUUCGUUGUCUAACGAAUCUUACCACGAAUCCUUUUCAAUAGAUGACACAGAGGAUAUUAACACAGGUCUUCUACCUUCGUUUGCAUACCUUUUAAGGAUUUUGAGGAAAAUAACCGGGAACAAAACACAAAGAUUGAAGGAGCUUCCAUUAUCUAUUGGUAUCUUGUUCAAACGCUAUUAUCGGCUCUUCAACCUCGACAUGUAUCAUCCAAUAUUGAAAAUAACAAGAGAACUUACACCAUUUAAAAACAAGAGGUGGAAAUCUGAGCAUAUGGAAUUGAUAUCGGGUGUUUACCUUUAUGAAAAACUAGAAUUAACGGAUAACUGGGUGACAGGAAAGGAUAUAUCUGGAGAGUUGAGUGAUGCCUGUGGGCAAGAAAUUGCACUCAGAGCGCUGCUUCAGUUUUACAAUUUUCAACACUAUGAAACCUCCAUGGAAGACCUCGGAUAUGGACACCGUAAUAGUUCCAGUCAGGAUCUGUUAAACAAGGAAUCUGAAUAUUUAAACAUUUGA